ACAACUUUUCUGGUGGAUAACAAGAAGGUGUUUGGCACUCACCUCAUGCAAGACAUGGUGAAAGAUGCUUUAAGGUCUUUUGUCAGUCCACCGGUACUUUCUCCAAAGUGUUGUCUUUAUAAUAAUCACCAGGCAAAGGACUACAUUGACUCCUUCGUGACGCACUGCGUUCGGCCAUUCUGUAGUCUGAUUCAAAUCCAUGGACACAAUAGAGCUCGUCAGAGAGAUAAACUGGGUCAUAUUCUUGAGGAAUUUGCCACCCUCCAGGAUGAGGCAGAGAAAGUAGAUGCAGCACUUCACAGCAUGCUACUGAAGCAGGAACCCCAGAGACAACACUUGGCUUGCUUGGGCACCUGGGUCUUGUACCAUAACCUGCGUAUUAUGAUACAGUAUCUCCUGAGUGGCUUUGAGCUGGAACUUUACAGCAUGCAUGAAUAUUACUACAUAUAUUGGUAUCUGUCAGAGUUCCUCUACGCCUGGUUGAUGUCAACGCUGAGCCGCGCCGACAGCUCUCAGAUGGCAGAGGAGAGAAUAAUGGAGGAGCAGCAGAAAGGACGUAGUAGUAAGAAAACGAAGAAGAAGAAAAAAGUUCGCCCUCUCAGCAGAGAGAUCACCAUGAGUCAAGCAUACCAAAAUAUGUGUGCUGGGAUGUACAAGACAAUGAUUGCGUUUGACAUGGAUGGCAAAGUGAGAAAACCGAAGUUUGAACUGGAUAGUGAACAGGUUCGGUACGAGCACAGGUUUUCUCCAUUCAACAGUGUUAUCACACCACCCCCAGUGCACUACUUGCAGUUUAAAGAAAUGUCUGACCUAAAUAAGUACAGCCCACCUCCUCAGUCAUCAGAUCUCUACAUGGCAGCAAGCAAACACUUCCAGCAAGCUAAAAUGAUUCUUGAGAAUAUUCCUAAUCCAGACAAUGAGGUCAAUCGAAUUCUUAAAGUUGCUAAACCCAAUAUUGUGGUCAUGAAGUUGCUGGCAGGAGGCCACAAAAAAGACUCCAAGGUUCCUCCAGAAUUUGACUUCUCCCCUCAUAAAUAUUUCCCAGUUGUGAAGCUUGUUUGAAAGACAAGAGAUUAUUGCUAGGAUACCUGGAGCAUAAUUUAUGUGUCAGCUGUAGGAUGGAAUAU